UGAACGUACAAGUUCAAAAGCAGCAGCGACCAAAAGCAAAAGUGUUAAGAAGGAAAAGUAAAUAAGUAAAAUAAAAAACAUCUGUGAAAUGUAAAUAGAAAUAGUUACACUGACAAACUAUUAAAGGAAAAAAGUGAAAAAUUUGUGUUUUUUGUGAUGAAAAACUUGUUGGCAAAAAGUUUGACAAAGACAAAAUAGAAAAUAAACAGCAGAUAAGAGCAUAAAUAGCAGCUAAUUCAACAGAAGGCAUAACAGGAAUAUUGAAACGAAAUACGAGUGCUCCGAAUUUUAACGAACUCGCCGCGGUUGACGACUCGCAUUUGAGGAAGGAAACCGCUGCAACAUUUUUGCGCAUGGAAAUUGCCUAAAUACUUUUGCGCCAAUUAAAAUACUGGCAAAGCCUAAAAAACCCUCUCAAAAUUAUAAAAUAAAGAUAAAAAAUAUAUUUAUAAGAGAGAUACAAUAACAGCUGCUGGUAAUUUUUUGGCAAUUUUGUACGGGGGGAGAGACAACAAAUAUUUGUGAAUACGCCACAGCUGCGGAGCGUUAUGUGACAAACAGCAGCCAACAACCAGCAACCAGCAACCAGCAAACAGCAACCAGCAAACAGCAACCAGCAAACAGCAACCAGCCACCAGUCGGGCACACGAUUUUACUCUAUUGUUCCAGACGCGAGUGUGGGCGCUGCACAUACACACAUAGGAAAUACAUAAGAAAGCAUAUGCUGAAAAAGUAAAUAGUUUGGUGGAAAAAAGUCGAAAAAUGGGGUGCGAGAAAUAAAAAAUUAUAAGAGGAAAUUCAGAAUAAAUAAGUAAACGUGAAAAGUUUUAAAGCCCGACUCCCACAUACCAGCACCCACACACGCUCGCGAAGGUGAUGAAUACAAAUAUUUGGUUAUAAAAAAGUACUGUGUACACGCCUGGCAGAUUUCAUUUUGUUUAUUGCGUGGGUGCAGAUGAAUAUAUGAGCGGCGUGAAACCGUUACUCUCCCAGCACUAAGGCACUUUUCAAGAAGGCGCACAACCAAGACCAGAUUUAAUAUUGUCACGAAAUUAUUCAGCAAACGCCUGAAAGUAGAGAGAGGCAACCAAAAAAAAAAAACAAAAAUAUAACAGUGACAAAACGCGAAAGUUGAGAGCUCGUCGCGCAAGCAGUCCCACUACAGCGCAGUAUUACCAACCAUCAGUUGCCAGCUGCUUGAUUUAUAGCAACGAGACGCGACAUACGAGAGAGACAAAACAUUAGCAACAUUUGUUGUAGUUAAAAAAAAAAAAUAAGAAGCAAGUGCAACAACAAUUGUGUAAAAUCCUAUAAAGCGCUAAAUUGACGCUGAGCAUAACCCAAAAAUCAGCCAAAGCCAUAAAAGACACACAAACCGUACAAGCUGAGCCGCACCGUUCCCAGCACUGGUAGUUUAACACAAGAAAAGUGCACACAAAAAGAAGAAAAUAAUCAAAUAAGAAGAAGAAGUUAACUCACACGUGUAAAUAAUAGUUGCAAGAAGGAUAAACUGAAUUUUGUUAUUGCAACAUCUUGAAUUGCAACCAAGCACACGACAACGACACAUAACCAACAGCACUACCAUCAGCAGCAGCAGCAGCAGCACGACAAUCCAACGCGCAAGUGUUGCUUAUGCCCAACUGUAGGGGUAUUGUAGACACUUCGCUAUUGUAAGCAGUUCAAGAAAGAACGCUCUUGGCAUUUGGAAUUUUCAACACGCAGGCACUCACCACCCUUCUUUCUUAACUCCUACCCCGCGUGCGCGCAUAUACCCACUUCACACACUUCACAUACUUCACAGCGUCAAAAUGCGCGGCCGCCAUCUACGUCGACGUUUCAGCUUGCAACCGUCUUUUAUGAAGGAUGACAACUCUGAGGAUAAACCGAAACGAGACAAAGUUGGCCGCAACAAUGCCGUGGAUGACGCCAUUGGACCAGCAAAUGCACGUCACAAAAUUGUUGUUAUGGGCGCGGCUAAAGUGGGUAAAACUUCCAUAAUCACACAAUUUCUAUACAACACAUUUACAACCAAAUACAAAAGGACCAUCGAGGAAAUGCAUCAGGGGAACUUUUCUAUAGCUGGCGUUAGCCUCACGCUGGACAUUCUAGAUACGGCCGGCUCCUAUGAGUUUCCUGCAAUGCGCGCUCUCUCCAUCUCAUCGGCGGAUGCAUUUAUUUUGGUAUAUGAUGUCACCGAUGCUGCCACAUUCGAGGAGGUGCGCUUGAUACGCGAUCAAAUACACGAGACCAAAGCGACCGCAGCUGUACCCAUUGUGGUGGUGGGCAAUAAAACCGAUUUGGUUGAGGAGAAUGAGGGCGCAAGAAAGGUUGAAUACGCCACUACCGAGUCUGUGGUCACCGUAGACUGGGAGAACGGUUUUGUCGAAGCUUCGGCGGCGAAAAAUGAAAAUAUAACACAGGUCUUCAAAGAGCUCCUAUCACAAGCGAAAAUCACGUACAAUCUAAGUCCAGCAUUGCGACGUCGACGACAAUCGUUACCCCAACAAGUGGGCAACAAUGGACCGGGCACACCCACACACCAUCAUCAUCCCUCACAUGCGGCCAACACCUCGGCAGCGGCCAGUUCACAUGGUUCCACAUUGCCAUCGCAUGCACCAACAGCCGCACAAAUACAACAUUUACAAAGGAUACAGGAACGGAGUUUGGGUAGCAAACGUAAUUCAUGCACAAUAUCCUAAAGUCAAUAUGCUGUUAUACGAGUCUGUGCUAGGUGUGUGUGUAUGUGUCAGUGUGUGAAUAGUUGGCAACAGUCAGUGGUGAACUAGAAAAUGCAACUGUAAGCAUGCAAAGAAAUAUGAGUAAAUACUUACUUAUUUCAUUUACAACAAGUACACCAGACGACAACUGAAAGUAUAUGUUUGUAAAAAAUAAAACGGUGACAAAAAUUUCUGAGCAAAAUGUUAUUAAACAUUCGGAAAUAAUAAAAUAAAAAAUUUCAACUUUUAAUUAUGUGAAAUAAGAAUCUUAACAAUUUUUUUUUUUUUAAUGUAAAAUAUAUAUAUUCUUCGAACUUAAUAUCACUUCAGGAAUAUUUUUGCCGUGGAAGCUUCACUUAAAACUGCUGUCCUGCGAAAAUUGGUCUACUAUUCGGAAGCCACUUAGCUGAGUGUCAUCACUGCUCUUUUUUUUGGCAUUUUUUUCAAUUUUUUUCGUUGCUAGAUUUUUGAAUACCCGCCCAGAGUGCAAUCAACAGAAAAUUUUAAACCUAAUGAAACUCUGUUAGUGAUAUUUAUU